ACCGCGCCGCGGGGCAGGCAUGGGAGCCGCGCGCGCCCUCUCGGCGCCCACACCUGUCUGAGCAGCGGAGUGAGCCGCGGCCCCCGCGGGCUUCAUGGCGAGGUGAAUUGGUGCUCAACAUGGCAGAGAUCCCAGGGCUCCUCUUUCUGCUCCUUUUCCUCCUCUGUGCUAUUGGGCAGAUAAGUGCCCAGUGGAAACCCACUUGGCCUGCCUACCGCCUACCUGUGGUCUUACCCCAGUCCACCCUCAGCUUAGCCAAGCCAGACUUUGGGGCAGAAGCCAAAUUGGAAGUGUCUUCUUCAUGUGGACCCCAGUGUCACAAGGGAACCCCACUGCCCACUUAUGAAGAAGUCAAGCAGUAUCUGUCUUAUGAAACUCUUUAUGCUAAUGGCAGCCGAACGGAGACACAGGUGGGCAUUUACAUCCUAAGUAAUGCCCAGGGUGAGUCUGCAGGAAAGUCUCGGAGGAAGCGACAGAUUUAUGGUUAUGACAGCAGGUUCAGCAUUUUUGGGAAGGACUUCCUGCUCAACUACCCCUUCUCGACAUCUGUGAAGUUAUCCACAGGCUGCACUGGCACUCUAGUGGCGGAGAAGCAUGUCCUCACAGCUGCCCACUGCAUACAUGAUGGGAAGACCUAUGUGAAGGGAACCCAGAAGCUUCGAGUGGGCUUCCUGAAACCCAAGUUUAAAGAUGGCGGUCGAGGGACAAAUGACUCAACCUCAGCCAUGCCCGACAAAAUGAAGUUUCAGUGGAUCAGGGUGAAACGCACCCAUGUGCCCAAGGGGUGGAUCAAGGGCAAUGCCAAUGACAUUGGCAUGGAUUAUGACUAUGCCCUCCUGGAACUUAAGAAGCCCCACAAGAGAAAGUUCAUGAAGAUUGGCGUGAGCCCUCCAGCUAAGCAACUGCCAGGAGGCAGAAUCCACUUCUCUGGUUAUGACAAUGACCGGCCAGGCAAUUUGGUGUACCGUUUCUGUGACGUCAAAGAUGAGACCUAUGACCUGCUGUACCAGCAGUGUGAUGCCCAGCCUGGGGCCAGUGGGUCAGGGGUCUAUGUGAGGAUGUGGAAGAGACAGCAGCAGAAGUGGGAGCGAAAAAUCAUUGGCAUCUUUUCAGGGCAUCAGUGGGUAGACAUGAAUGGUUCACCACAGGAUUUCAAUGUGGCGGUUAGAAUCACCCCUCUUAAAUAUGCCCAGAUUUGCUUUUGGAUUAAAGGAAACUAUGUGGAUUGUAGGGAAGGAUGACACUGAGUUCCUUCCCAGCAGCACUUAAAGGUCUUUCUGUACUUAUUGUAGAAGAGCUCAAAUUUUGUCACUGGGUGUGAGUUUGUAUGUGUGUAUGUAUGUGCGUAUGUCAUAAUUAUCUUAAGAUUUUUUAAGAAAGCAAGUUGACUGGCU